AUGUUGCUCGUCGCCAGCGUGCCGGAUCUCGAGAUGAAUCUCGACGCAAUCCCCCUCGACACCGAGUCCGUGAUCAACCCCGUGGGCUCACCCCGUGAUGGCCGGCGCCAUCGUGCUAAGGUUGGAGAUCGUGAUGACUCCCGCCUGAGCCGGAUCGCCGCCGGUCCCCCAAGAGAUCAAGGACCAGAAGCCGCCGCCGCUAUGACCGCACCUUCGAGCGAAGGUCCAGCAGUUCUCCUCGCAGAGGAAUCACUUUGGUCAGCAGGGCCCUGCUACAUCGGCCACCUACGCUACCGCCUGCUCGCAGCCGCCAGAGCUCCAGGAAUGAUGCAUACCAGCCUCAUGACGAUCG